CUGGUAGCGACCACGACUGCACGAGAAAACGUGGACUUGAAGCCACACACACAUUCAAGUUUCAACAACAAUCGCCUCCACCUUUUGCAUCGAUACCUCCGUCCACCUGAAUCUCCCUUCACAUUGUCUUCUUCACCAGAAUCCUCCAUCGUAUCCUCCACCAAAUUUUAUCUCUCCCUAUUUCCUCACUCCAUUCUUACAUAUUCAUCGCAGAUCAGAGAAUAAAACAACUCACCUCAAUCCCUAUAUGAUCAGUUCCAAAUGUCAACAGCGGCUUUGAAUUUCUCAGUCUGUAGACAGUACACCGAAGUAUCAUCGGUUCAAAUUAGGUCACAUUUUAGACCUAAUUCGGUGAUUAACUGUAAGCUGCCAUGUAAUUCAAGGCUUUUUUCUCAGCUGUAGAGUGGGACAUUAUGCAUCCGGUUGUCAGCUAAGGGUAGGUCAAGGAGGCGAUCCACAAGGUCGAGCAUUCAGAUGACAUUAGUAGAUGAGAGUCUUGGUAGACGGGAUGCCAUAUUAACGCCAUCUGAAAUAUUGGCUUAUGAUCUUGUUCAAGGACCUCUUGUUAGAUGGAGUUACAUUGCAGACAGAUCAGUACCAUGCCCACCAACAGCUGUUCUUUUGCAUGGCAUUUUAGGUAGCAGGAAGAACUGGGGAACAUUUGCUCGGAGAUUAGCUAAGGAAUUUCCAAACUGGCAGUUUCUCUUGGUUGACCUGCGCUGUCAUGGUGAUUCAGCGUCUAUCAAAAAGAGAGGACCUCAUACUGUUGCCUCAGCUGCUCUUGAUGUUCUAAAGCUGCUUGGUCAUCUUAGAGUGAUACCACGGGUCAUAAUUGGUCAUAGCUUUGGUGGGAAAGUUGCACUAAGCAUGGUUGACCAAGCUGCGAAGCCACUUGCACGGCCUGUCAGGGUUUGGGUUUUGGAUGCUACACCUGGAAAGGUUCGAGCAGGUAGAGAUGGAGAUGAUCAUCCUGCUGAAUUGAUUAGUUUUCUAAAUGCAUUUCCAAAUGAGGUCGUAUCAAAAAGGGAGGUCAUCAACGCUCUGGUACGUGAGGGGUUUUCAAACGAUGUAGCACAGUGGGUUGUUACAAAUCUCCGACAGACUAACCGUUCUAAUUCAUCUUCUGGAUUUUCAUGGAUAUUCAACCUUGAUGGAAUUGCUGAAAUGUAUCAAUCUUAUGAAGAUACAAAUUUAUGGGGUGUGGUCGAAGAUGUUCCUCGAGGUGUACAUGUAAAUUUUCUAAAAGCAGAAAGAAGCUUGCACAGAUGGGCGCUUGGAGAUCUGCAGAGGAUACAUGCAGCUGAGGAGCAAGCUUCUCAGGAGGCAGGUGGAGUUGAAAUGCAUGUUCUAGAAGAUGCUGGCCACUGGGUACAUGCUGAUAAUCCAGACGGGCUAUUCAAGAUUUUGUCGUUUUCAUUUGAAGGAGUGUGAAUUCAAUAAACUUGGUUUGGCCAUUUAAGUUUUUAGAUCCCCAUCCUAAAUUCUUGUGUCAUGGUUUCUCAUGCAACAUUUUUACAUUUUUAUUCUCAAAUCCUCUGUGUUAUAAGGUCACAGCUCAGCUAAACUGGAGGUCAACGAUUAUAGUGUCUAUUAGAUGUUUACUUGAUGAAUCAUUUUAUUCAAAUAAGUUAGAUUAUUAUUUUAACAGUUUACGUUUU